AAAUAUACGCUUGCGUACCGUGUGCAAAGAUACAAUUCGUAAAAAUAGCGUAGGUGGGGCGUCGAUACGCUUCUUUUCCCGUAUAUUGUAAACAGCGUUCAAGUUCAUAACAUUGCUGUAGUUUGAAUUGAAAAUCUUGGGAAAUAUGCCUCUAAAGUUCGGCGGAGGAGAGAAGUGCGAUAUCUGCCAGAAGUCGGUGUAUGCGGCCGAGAGGAUAGAGGCGGGAAAACGACCCUACCAUAAGCUAUGUUUCAAGUGCAGUGAAUGUAAAAUGACACUGAAACUAGAAAACUACGCACAGGCGGACGGUAUUCUGUACUGCAAGAAACAUUUCCAGCAGCAAGUUGUAGCAAAGAACACACAAGACCCGGCGGCUGCCAUGUAGUGCCGACGACCGUUGUAUAACCGCUGGUCAUCACACACAUCAGAAAACAUGAUAAAUUAUAACCCGGUGUACAAGUGACUUAAGAAAAGUGUGUACCCAAUUCAGUGGUUGUUACAUAAAUUCCUUUAAACUUAGAUGUAGAACAACAUUGUUUGAAAUAUUAUAAAAAAAAAUAUGUAAGUCUGAAAGUAAGGCGUCCUGAGCUUUACAUUGAACUGUACACAGUUUUAUUUUUUACUUAGUUUCAUAUGUUUUUAAAAACAAUUAUGUUGUAAUUUAGUAUUUGAUUUCUAUGUUAAAAUAUCAUUAUGUAAUAACCAUAAAGAUGAAUAUUUAACGGAAGUAUAUCGGUUUGAAAGUUAGCGUCCCGACUCUAUGCAAAAUUGUAUACAGUUAACUUUUUAGUACAUACUAUUACCAUAUCAGUGGUAGUUAUGAUUUUUAAAGUAAGUUCGUGUGUUUUUUAACAUUUUGUUGUUAUUAUCAUGAUUUAUUUCUAUGUAUUUUAUAAAAGCUAGAAUUUCAUUAUGUUAUCAAUAUAAAACAUUAAAGUUAGAAACUCAGA